CCCGAAAUACUCUCUUGGGGACAACGGUCUUGUGUACUGGCAUGGUUCACAGGGCACCAGAGAGCCCCGUAUUUGCGUUCCCUCCACUGGACAGCUACGUGUCCGAGCAGUAGCAGAGUUCCAUGACCAGGCAGCCGCCGGUCAUAUGGGCUUCCACAAGAUGUUGGCUCGUGUGAGCCGCCUGUACGUCUGGCCGAAGCGCAAGGACUUUGUGAAGGACUACGUCGCAGAGUGUCCCACCUGUCAGGAGGUGAACAGUGCGAACCACCUGCCCUAUGGUUUGCUUCAGCCUCUUCCUAUCCCUGAGGGUCGUUGGCAGUCCAUCUCGAUGGACUUUAUCGGUCCUCUUCGACCUCCGACCCCCCGCGGUCAUGAUGCUAUCCUGGUCGUCGUCGACCGCUUCACGAAGCGUGCACGCUUUGUUUCGUGCCGCUAUGCCAUCAGUGCACGUGAGGUCGCCGACAUCGUGUUUGACCGAGUCGUGCGUGACCACGGCUUACCUCUGAGCAUCAUAUCUGACCGUGACCCGCACUUUACCAGCCGAUUCUGGCGACGGCUCCACGAGGUUUAUGGCACUCAGCUCCGCUUCUCCUCGUCUUACAAUCCUCAGACGGAUGGUCAGACCGAGAUCACGAACAGGACUCUCGGAGAUAUUCUCCGAAAGAUUGUUCGUGACGACCAGCAGUGGGAUCUUCAUCUUGCCCACGCGGGGAUAGCCUACAACCACGCCGUCUCGCCAGCCACGGGGAUAUCGCCUUACUAUUGCGACCUCGGCUAUCACCCUCGUGUUCCCGCGGACUUCCUCCGACCGUUACAGAUGCACCCCAACACGAGUUGUCCCGCGCUGGAUGAUUGGGUUACACACAUGACGUCGAUCAUGAAGACCGCACAUGAGCACAUAGCCGCUUCCCAGACUCGCAUGGUAGCAUGUGCGAACCGAUCGAGGACGGAUCAUCCAUUCAAAGUCGGUGAUGAUGUGUUUAUCGACGCCCGUCACUUACAGCUCGAAGCGGACACGCUUCGCAAGUUUCGGCGUCGCUUCUUUGGCCCAUGCCGCAUCCUCCAGGCCGUCGGUUCUGAUACGACAUCUAGCCCGGUCAGCUUCCGUGUGAAGUUGCCCGACUACCUACGCCAGACUCGUGUGCACGAUGUCUACCACAUCUCGUUACUGCGUCCUUACCGUAGACCGUCUGAGCGUUUCGCUGGACGACCAUACGAGCGCCCUCCACCUAUCAUGGUGGAUGGCCACGAGGAGUUCCUCGUUUCAGACAUCAUUGGUCGUCGAGUCACCGACGACAACCCUCCCCACGUCGAGUAUCUCGUACGUUGGAAGGGUUACCCUGAUGAGGAGGCUACCUGGGAGUCCCUCGAGCACUUGCAGCACGCUCGCAUGUUGGUGUGUGCCUAUGACCGUGCUCAUCGUGCUGGGUUCACUGCUCCUCCUCAGCCCACUGACCCUCCUCCUUCUCCCCCGGUUGAGGAGACCGCUGAAGUCGAGCCUGCUCCAUCUGAGGCAGACUUUCAGCAGCAGCCGGAUGUUUCUGAGCGUCCACAACGCACUCAUCGUCGUCCUGCUCGAUACGACGAUUGACUCUGACUUACCUUCCCAUGUCUUUGACUUCUCAGUACUCCAUCCACUCCAGUUUUGCUACUUCAGCU